AUGAGGGUUUUAUCCUGCGAUUGCCACUAUACGCUCGUCUGCUGCUCGAGGUCGUCGGUCCGCUGUUACCCGCCUUGCCCUCCGAAGUCGCAAUGGGCAGAUGCCAAAAACGUUGCCCCGACCGAAGCUCCAGUUUCUGUCGUGUUGGAGGAGAAGCCUUCUGAAGAAAAGGUUGUGGUUGAGCAGAACACUGAGGAGGAUGGGAAAGUUGAGAUCUCUCUGAAGAGCAGCCUAAAGAAGCCAAGAGCAUCAGAUUCAGAACAGGUCGAAAAGAGAAACGUUAAAUGGAUGGACUUGUUGGGGAAGGAACUUCUUGAGAUCAGGGAAUUUGAGACAAUGUAA